AUGGCCUCCCGUCUUCUUGUUUCUGGUCUCCCUCGGUCCCUCCCUCCCCUUCCUCAGGGCCCUGGCCCUACCUGUGUCCCCUGUGUCGAGGGGCGGCAGCGGGCUGCCCCUCACUCCUCCCAGUUUCCUCCGACAGAGGCCCCGUUGCAGACGCUUCACAUGGACGUGUGGGGCCCAGCCCGCGUCCGUGGACAGGGUCACGAGCUCUACUUCCUGCUUGUUGUUGACGACUACUCGCGUUACACCACAGUCUUCCCCUUGCGCAGCAAGAGUGAUGUCACUGAGACCUUCACACUUUCGGACUCCCCGCAGCAAAAUGGGAUUGCUGAGCGCCGCAUUGGCAUGGUCAUGGACGUCGCUCGUACGUCUAUGAUGCAUGCGGCUGCUCCCCAUUUUCUGUGGCCGUUUGCGGUGAGGUACGCGGCGCAUCAGAUCAACCUACACCCCAGGGUCUCCAGGCCGGAGACCUCCCCAGCCUUGCUGUGGACGGGGAAGGUUGGCGAUGCGUCGGCGUUCCGGGUCUGGGGAUCUCGGGCUUCUACCACCCCCACCUCUCGCCGUGUUCUGUCCUCCCAAGACGUCACGUUUGACGAGUCGGUCCCCUACUACCGCCUCUUCCCCUACCGCACUCCGUCCCUCCCCCCGCCGCCGCUCUUCCUUGUACCAGGUCCCCCUCCGGUAGACCCCCUCCCCCCCCAGGGUCCGUCCCCUUCAAGUGUGUCCCAGGUAGACGCAGUCGAGCCUGUCGAGGUCACUGGUGACUCUGGUGCUGCUGAGGGUGCUGAGCCUGGGGGUGCUGCGACUGGGGGUGCUGAGCGUGAGGGUGUUGAGCCUAGGGGUGCUGCGACUGGGGGUGCUGAGCCUGGGGGUGCUGAGCCUAAGGGUGCUGAGCCUGGGGGUGCUGAGUCUAAGGGUACUGCGCCUAGGGGUGCUGAGCCUGGGGGUGCUGAGCCUGGGGGUGCUGAGCCUGGGGGUGCUGAGCUUGGAGGUGCUCCGCCUGGGGGUUCUCCGGGUGCUUCGCGUGCUGCUGGUGGUGGAGGUUCUUCGGCUACUGAGGGUGCUGCUGUCGCGGGUCCCGGAGGUGCUCGUACUGGGAGUACUGGAGCUUCUGGUACUGAUGGAGGUUCUGGCGCUACUGGAGGUGCAGCUGGAGCGGAUGCUCCUGCUGGGGGUGCUGGUGCUGUCCCUGCUGUAUCUAGCGUCGCCGCGCGGCCUCGACCGUACUUCGUUCCACUCCUGCAGCAGGUUCUUGGUCUUCCGCCUUCUAGUGGUCCUCCUCCUUCUUUAGCGUGUCCAAAGCCAGUCCCGUCACAGUUACAGUUGCAGCCUACCUCCUCUUUGCCUGCUCCUUCUCCCUACACUGGUCCUACUGGAGGUCUUACUGAGCGUCGUAAGCCUGCGUCUCGCCCUGCGUCACCUGUCUGUGCUGCUCGCGCUUGUGGUCGUGGUUCGCGUCAGCGUCCUCCUCCUGACCCUGGCACGCACAGGAUGUCUCUGCGUCCGUCCACUACUCCUCUGCGUGCCCCUUUGCCUUGUCCUCAUGCGUCCUCUCUUCCUGCUUUUGCCGACCCGGAGUCGGACUCUCUUUGUGCUGCCAGUCCUACUGUCACGCGUCUCCUGGCUACUGUCGUCACUGACCCUUCCUUCGAGUCCACUGCUGCGUCUGCCUUAGUUGCUGAGCUCGUCGACUUUGCUGCUCGCUGUCGCCUAGACUACGCUGCUAGUCUUGUCGCUGAGUCUGAGUCUGUCUGUCUUCCGUCAGUCGAGGGUGAGUGUGCCCUUGGCAUGGACGUCCUUGAGGACAGGCAGGAGGAGUUCCAGUGCUUGGCAGCUGCUUCACCUCAUCUCGUGUCCGUACUGCUUACCCCUGAGGGAGACCCGGAUGCACUUGAUAUCCCGACUCCGCGCUCUUACGCGGAGGCGAUAGAGGGUCCCUACUCCUCUCAGUGGCAGGCAGCUAUGGAUGCAGAGAUGGCUUCCUGGAAGUCCACAGGCACCUACGUUGAUGCUGUCCCCCCUCCUGGGGCGAACAUUGUCAGUGGCAUGUGGAUCUUCAGGGUGAAGCGGCUGCCGGGUUCUCCGCCUGUCUUCAAGGCGCGUUAUGUGGCUCGUGGCUUCAGUCAGCGGCAGGGAGUGGACUACUUUCAGACCUUCUCUCCCACCCCGAAGAUGACCACUCUUCGAGUACUGCUGCACGUUGCUGCUCACCGUGACUACGAGCUGCACUCUCUUGACUUCAGCACAGCUUUCUUGCAGGGCAGCCUGCACGAGGAGAUCUGGCUGCGCCGCCCACCUGGCUUCACUGGGUCUUUCCCUCCUGGUACCCAGUGGAGUCUCCGGCGUCCAGUCUACGGUCUCCGCCAGGCGCCACUUGAGUGGCACGACACACUGAGGACUACGCUUGCGGCUCUUGGGUUUGCUCCUUCUACUGCCGACCCGUCGCUGUUUCUGCGCACCGACACCUCUCUGCCGCCGUUCUACAUCCUCGUGUACGUCGACGACUUGGUCUUUGCCACAGCUGACACUGCUGGACUCGCCUACCGCUUCGGCUUCACGUACUCCUCGCCUCAGGCCACUCCUCUGCCUACUCGCCACUCGCUCUCAGCUCUGCCUUCGGAUGAGUCCGUAGAGUCGAGUGGCCCGUAUCCAGAGCUUGUUGGCUGCCUCAUGUACCUGAUGACCUGCACACGACCUGACCUUGCAUACCCUCUUAGCAUUCUUGCACGCUAUGUUGCUCCUGGUAGACACCGACCAGAGCACAUGGCUGCAGCGAAGAGGGUGUUGCGCUACUUGUGCAGUACGUCGGGCAUGGGGCUAGUGCUUGGAGGGCGGAGUCCAGUGGUCCUCACUGGGCACGCGGACGCUUCUUGGGCUGACGACCAGGCUACGCAGCGGUCGUCACAGGGCUACACCUUCAGCCUUGGUUCCGGCUCUGUUUCGUGGCGGGCUACUUGCUCGUCUUCUGUUCUCGGCUCCAGUUGUGAGGCUGAGAUCUACGCCGGGGCCAUGGCUGCACAGGAGCUUCGCUGGCUCACCUACCUGCUGACCGACCUUGGAGAGUCGCCUCGUUCUCCUCGAGUCCUGUACGUAGACAACAAGGCCAUGCUGGCCUUGUGUCGAGAGCAGAGACUGGAGCACAGAACGAAGCACAUUGCUCUUCGCUACUUUCUUGCUCGUGAGCUACAGCAGCGUGGUCAGUUGCGGCUUGCGUACGUGGCCUCUGAGGCCAACACUGCUGAUGUCUUCACCAAGGCAGUUGCGCCUUGUGAUCAUCAGCGAUUCUGCUCGCAGCUGGGUCUUGUGCCUGUCUUGCCUCACUUGCUCACCUCUUGA